CACAAAUUUCUUGUUUUUGCAAGGGAUCUUCCCAACCCCACCUUUAUAAAGCAAAAACUCUUCCUACGACCAGAACCAAAGCAAUCUCUUAUGCCCCUGUGUCUUCUCGUUACUUACCUUUACACGAAAUCCAACCUUCUCUCUUCCAUUACCCCCUCCUCUUUCUUCUCCUUCAAGCAAAACCAACAAAUUUCCACACUUUUUUACAUAAUUUAUUUCACUGUUAAAGUAAUUAUCUUUGUCGAAUAAUGAGAGAGUGAAAAGACAGAAUCUUGAUUUUUUUGGAGGUUGUUUGAUUUGUUUAGUGUAAUGGGAAAUUGGAGAAAUCGUCCAUCACGUAGAUUCUUUAACAAAACAUCAACAACGUAUUCUUAUGACUACCCUGAAUCUCCUCCUCACUCAAGCUUUAGUGCUGGCAAUUAUACAUGACUUUUCUCUACUUUGGACAAAGCCUCGAUGGAAUUUCUUAUCCUAGCUUCAGUCCUUUACUUCAUUGGUUGAGUGGGACUGUGAAUCACCACUCUCAGUGAAUUCAGAACUCUGCACUAGCAGCUCUUUUGUGGUUUCAUAGGUUUAGUUGAUGAUGGUAUUCCUUCAUGGGAAAAGAAGUUCUGCUCUUUGAUUGGAUCAGUACCGUGGCGGAAGGUUGUAGAUGCUAAGAAGUAUAUGUAUUGCCAUGGUAACAUACUCAAUUGGGAUGACUCAGCAGGUGAAGAGGCAUUUCAUAAUGCUAAAAAACGCUUCUGGGCAGAGAUUAAUGGUGUCUCUUGUGGCAUCUCUCCACCUGAUCCAAAUUUAUUUAUUGAUGAAAUAAAGUGGAAUGCCUACAUUGAUCCUGAAGUCAUCAAGGACUUGGAACAAGAUCUCUUUGUCCCUGAUGAGGGAGAUACAGGUGGCAAGGUAGGGCGUAAAAACAAAAAAAGAAGGAACUUUGUCUCCAUUCCUUCAAAUGGGUGUUAUGAGAAUACAGAUGAUGUUAAAAAUCCUUGGGAAAGUAAUAACAAUAUGCAAAGCAGCUUGUCUUUGAUUGAUAAAGCGAAGAGCUGGAACCAAUGGGAUUCUGAUAUCAACAAAUCCAGUAAUUUAAAUAAAGUUGAUAACCCCUGGGAGCGUGGCUUGUCUCAGGAAUCUGAAGCUGUGAUGGGCAAGACAUGGGGUGUCUGUGGUAAUAAAUCAUGGGGAUGGAAUCAUAGUGGAAACCAUGUUGAUCAGUCAAAUGAUUGGAAUAACAACAGUAACCCUUGGCAGCAUAGCCGUCAAGGAGUUGACCCUGCAAAUGACAAAGGGUGGGGCAAUUUGAGGGAUAGUUCUCGGGGCUAUAACCAGCAUGAAUCAAGGAAAUGGAAUACUGACUGCAAAUCUUCGGGAAACGGAUUUUUUCAGGGUAGUGGAGCUUCUAAAGAUAGAAAAUGGGAAGACAACGGCAGCAAUUCACAGGGUUGGAAACAGUGGGAUAAUUAUGGUAAAAAUACAAAAGGUUUGGAUUUCAGAAAACAUGGUGGUGGUUGGGAAACCCGGAAUGAGGGUUCCUGGCAGAGGGAAGGUGCUCACCAACAUAUAACUGGCUACGAAAGCACAAGGUUUCAAGGGGAUGGUUUAAAAACAGGUCAUUCCUGGAGUGGAGGAAGAACUAAGAGGAGGGUUAGUUUUGCUUUUGAAUAGCCAAUGUUUGUAGAAUAUUCUUUCUUUUUCCUUUUGCCUGGGAAACAGAUGCCUGUGCUGCCAACUCAUAUUUCUGAAGAUGACAGAAAUUCACAGCAUCAAAGCGAGCAGGUUUUUGCAGAUGCCAUCAAGCUUUUAGAUUUCUGUUUAUUUCUUUGACUCACAAAGAUAUGCUUCUUUUGUGCAGUUCACACUACACCCUGACAAAUAAAGAAAGAAACAAUCCUACUGGGUGUUCAAAAGUUCAUACAUGCAAUUUCUUCAGAAAAUCUACAUACAGAUUUAUUUAUUUUUUAGGAAUUCGUCAUCAAUGGUGUAUUUAGGCCUCUGGAUUGUAUCUUGUGCAGUAUCAUAAAUUGAAUGUGAACCUGCCCAAACAAUUCCCCUUUUGGGUGGUUAAUUCUGUACUGACAUCUGAUUGUUCAAGUCAGGUGAUUCGAUUAUCUCUACUGUUGAAAGUACUUUUGGUACA